AUGGUGAAAAUCAUCGGAAACGGCGGUCAAAUGCUGAUCCGUGUCCUGCAACGACGGGUGGCACUAGGUAAGCCAUCGCGAAAUUUUUCUAUCGGUAAAUUCUGUUGUUUAUGCCUGUUUCAAAUUCAUUCCGGCAACUUUAUUCAUCUCUUUUCCAUCCACAUUUUUGAACUCUCUCUUCUCAUUCACAGGCAUGAUACCACUGCUCCUCUUAACCCUCGGCAAGCUCCUCAAGCCUCUCAGUGUUGACAGCCUUCCCUACGGCAUGAUCGCUCUUCAACUUCUCCUAAUGUUCCUGCCUGUUACCGCAGGCCUGCUAACGCGCCAUUUUCGACCCUCGCUGGCUGACAAACUACGUCUGGCAGUGAGGCCGGCAGCCCUUCUUUUCCUGCUCUACGUCCUUAUCUUUGGCUGCCUCGCCUACCUGUCCAUUUACAAACUCAUGGUCCGGUAUCCCCUGUUGGUGGUCGUCGCAGUCGUUUUACUGCUUUCGGGCUACCUCCUCGGAUUUGCACUGGCCCGACUCCUAUGCUGUUCCUGGCCCGUAGUCACAGCCAUCUCCGUGAGCAUGGGCAUCCCGAACAGUGGCGUCGCCAUCCUUAUCCUCAUGAACGCAAUGCCUCAACCUGAGGGCGACUUGGGCGCCAUUAUGCCGAUUAUUGUUGCACUGGUGACCCCAGUGCCAUUGAUGUGCAUUUUUCUGGUCCGUUCUGUCGUCAAGUUGAUAAAACGAACAAAGGACAGACAUCCACCACUGAGUCAGAUGACUUCUGAGUGA